AAAAAGAAGAAGGUGAGAGAGAGCUAAAUAAAAAGGGAGGGUGAGGUAGGAGAGAGUGGUGACCAGGUCGUAGUUUGUGGUUUCGUUUUGCAUUGCACGUUUCUUUCUUCUUCUUCCGUUGCUCCCUACUUCCUCUCUCCCUCUCCCAGUCCAUCUUACGUUCUUCUUCCUUUAAUAACGUCUCUCCUUUCCCCUUUUCAGCACUCCAUACCAAACCUCUUCCUCCUCUUCCUCCUCUCUAACCGUUUCUCGUUAAUUCUCAGUUUUCAGAUUCUUAAAUGCUAAGUUUCUCUAGAGCCAGAAGUCAAGGAAGAAACACAAGACCUCUUACAGGAGGAAUGGAUUAUUUGGAACCCAAAAGAAAGACCAAUGUCAUGGGCAGGGUUAUCUUGGUCGUUUCUCUAACAGCUUUAUGCAUUAUUAUGCUCAAGCACGCCCCCAGUUUCACUUCCCCAACCGCGUUUUCUCGUAGCGAGGAAGGAGUGACUCAUGUGUUAGUCACUGGUGGCGCUGGGUAUAUCGGAUCACAUGCUGCUUUGAGGCUUCUCAAGGAUUCAUACCGUGUCACCAUUGUGGACAAUCUUUCUCGCGGGAAUCUUGGCGCUGUCAAGGUUCUACAGGGUUUGUUCCCAGAGCCCGGGAGGCUUCAGUUCAUUUAUGCUGACUUAGGAGAUGCCAAAGCUGUAGAAAAAAUCUUCUCAGAGAACGCAUUUGAUGCCGUUAUGCAUUUUGCCGCAGUAGCAUAUGUUGGAGAGAGCACCUUAGAUCCUCUAAAGUAUUACCACAACAUUACAUCAAACACAUUAGUAGUUCUUGAAGCUGUGGCUAGACACAAAGUGAAGAAACUGAUAUAUUCAAGCACAUGUGCUACUUAUGGAGAGCCUGAGAAAAUGCCCAUUGUUGAAGUUACUCCACAGGUCCCUAUUAACCCUUACGGAAAAGCUAAGAAGAUGGCUGAAGAUAUGAUCCUUGAUUUCUCUAAGAACUCUGACAUGGCCGUCAUGAUCCUAAGAUACUUUAACGUGAUAGGUUCAGACCCAGAAGGUAGAUUAGGAGAAGCUCCAAAGCCUGAGCUACGUGAACACGGACGGAUCUCAGGUGCUUGUUUCGAUGCAGCUCGUGGUGUGAUUCCAGGCCUUCAGGUUAAAGGAACAGACUACAAAACAGGAGAUGGAACCUGUGUUCGUGACUACAUUGACGUUACUGACCUGGUCGAUGCUCACGUGAAGGCGCUGGAGAAAGCUAAGCCUAAGAAUGUAGGAAUCUACAAUGUAGGAACGGGGAAAGGAAGAUCCGUGAAGGAGUUUGUGGAGGCUUGUAAGAAAGCGACAGGAGUAGAUAUCAAAGUAGAUUUCUUGCCUCGACGACCUGGAGAUUACGCAGAGGUGUACAGUGAUCCAGCCAAGAUCCUGAGAGAUCUUAACUGGUCUGCUCGUUUUACUAAUCUUCAAGAAAGUCUUGAGGUUGCUUGGAAGUGGCAAAAGACUCAUCCUCAUGGAUAUACUUCUUAAAGAUCAAAACCAAAAAAGAGAGUUCUAAUUUUUAUUUGUUUUAAUGGAGAGAUUAGCUUAUAGAAAGGGGUUUGAUUUUUUACAUGCUUACAGUUCAAUAAUUAAACACUUGUGUUACUUGAUAGUAGAUUAUGUAAGAGUUAAUACUUGAUAGUUGGUGAAAUAAAUAAUUGCUUUAUUGGGGUUUA